AUGUCUACAUCUGGAACGGUGGUGUGUCAGUUCGGUGGAGAGGCAGAGCGACACUUGUACCGGGUGUUGAUUGGUCACUUGGAGUGGUCUGGGCCGUCAGGCGGAGAAUCUCACCGGCCUUCACCUAACAACAACAACAACAACAACAACAACAACAACAAUAACAAAGAGAAGGAGAGUGCCCCCAACUCGAGCGGAGCCACCCUCUCGUGGUCGGCAGCGGGCAGUGCAGGCUGUGCGCUCCUUGUGCAGCAUUUGUCUGCCACACUCCCCCCUACACAUUUUAUUGCCAGUCUUGCUUUUGCAGUUGCAAACCCCCCCAAUCCAAGCAAGUAUAUAAAAAGCCAGUGGGUUGCUGGUGUGUGCAAAGUACUCAGGCUUACCAGGGUACAAGAAAUCAAACUCUGUUUACAUCUUCUACAAGGAACAAGUCUUGAAAUACGUAACCAGGCCACAGCUGUACUGAAAGCUAAGCUCCCGGAACUCGUUCGGGCAUACGUUGAUACAGAUUCAGAAGACAAGGAACUCUUGGAGUUAUCUACUGAAUCUCUACACCUGUUGCUAAUCCACAUCGUCCACCUGUGGCGAGACCCCCCAGCAGCACUCCUACCUCAAGAGUCAAGACAAGCAUUUAUAUCGGCACUCCAACAGGAGUUUCCUCGAUCUCGUGUGCCUGUCGUUCUUGCUCCCCUUCUUUAUCCAGAUACAGAUAUACUAAUGGAGAAGAUCACGCAAGAGCAGCCAGCCAGCAUGGCCAAAAAUCUACUGGACGGGUCUCUGGCAGACUUAGUCCGUGAAUUAGGCUACAGCUUCUGUAGCACGGUGGAAGAAUGCAGAAGCAACUUGGGGAACUUCUGUGUGACCUCCAUAACGCCAGCGGCUGUUGCAAAGGUCCUGGGUGUUAUGGUGCGCACUCAUACGGGCCUGCCAUCAGAACAGAUUGGUCUGCAGAACCUCAAUUCCCCAAACUCGCUGUGGAGUGAUACGAAAGACAAGAGCUCAAAUAACCAAACGACCAGCUCGGGUAGUGAUGUAACCCUGGGCGGGUCAGGAAGCCUCUCGGGUCCUCACUGCUGGAAUGUGGAGGUCUUCAUCAAGGCACUCCUAGAGGUGGUCCCCAGCAUCAAUGUGAAGGAGGUCUUCAAUAAGUUGGACCACAAGGGCUUCCUAGUCAAGGACAGACAGGGUCUCAAAUUGCUGAUCACAGCGCUUCGGUGCCUUCUCCAGGGCCAGGGCUUGCGGCUUGAGUUGUUUCCUGUGGAAUGCUUCUACCAGCAGUGGAAGAAUACCGAGGAACAGCUUAGUCUUAUCACGCAGAUCCUCAGAAAUCCGGAGAUAUUUUGCUUUACAGAUUUCCCUUGCCAUUUAGUGUCCACUGAUAGCUUGAAAACAUUGCCAGAGCUUGACAAUAAAGAGGUGGCCACAUGGAAGUCAGUACAACUACUAGAUUCUCUCCUUUACCUCGGAGAGAAUCAUUACACGGCUGUGAAGGAGCUCUUCAAGUUCCCCAUCCAGCACUGUCCAGAUAUCCUUGUUCUUGGUUUAAUACAGGCAACUUUACCUUACACUAUCCUGCGGCAAGAUCUGAUUGCUUCUCUCAUUCCAAUAUUUUUGGGGAACCACCCAAAUGCAGCAAUAAUCCUUCAUCACGCUUGGCACACACAGAACAAUGCAACUACAGUCCGCCAGAUUAUCAUGCAUGCCAUGGCAGAGUGGUAUAUGAUGGUGGAAAAUGACCAGACAAGACUAAGCCGAAUUCUUGACGUCGCCCAAGAUCUGAAAGCUCUCUCACUACUCCUCAAUGCUCAGCCUUUCCCAUUUGUGAUAGAUUUGGCUUGUUUGGCCUACAGACGAGAAUUUCUGAAACUGGAUAAGUGGCUAACGGACAAGAUUCGCGAGCAUGGAGAGGCAUUCAUCUCGGCAUGCGUCAAGUUCCUGCAGCGCCGGUGUCCUCAUCUGGUGGGUGGCAAGGAGGACGGGAUGCAGAAAUCUUCACAGCUUCCUCCUGAAACCAUGGCCACCAUUCUUGUGUGUCUUAAUGCUUGUGCUUUAAAUGUGUCUCAAGAAUUGUCAGACACCAUUAUGACCAUGGUUCAACACUGCAACCUGAUGAACAGACCUCGAACACAGCAAGGAGUGAUUGGCUUCCCUGGUCCAUCUCAGCAGACGAGUGAAGGCAGCCUGGGUGGCAUAGCCUCCAGCCUGAGCAGCCUGAACCUGGGUGGAGCAGGUGGCACAUCCUCCAUCUUCCCGACCUCUGCCUCAUCUUCCAUGAGUCUGGGCAGCUUGGGGUCACUGGGCACAGCACCAGGAUCUCCUGGGCGUCCCCUAGGGCCCUCUACUGCCCCUGGGACAUCGCAGUCUCCCCUCUCCUCCAUCCUGCCAGCAUUACAGCUUGGGCCCCCACAUGCAGCAGCUGUAGGCUCUCAGCUGCCUACCUUGCCCACCUCAUCUAUCAUCCCGUCAUCUCUGAGGUCACAUUCAGUGCAGCCCACCGUCAACCCCCCCAGCAGGCAGAUGGAUAUGUCCCAAAUCUUCGACAUGCCUCAAAUGGUGAGCAAAGAGGUUGAAGACGAAGCCAAUAGUUACUUCCAGCGCAUCUACAAUCAUCCACCCCAUCCUACCCUCUCCAUUGAGGAGGUACUGGACAUGCUGAAGAAAUUCCAUGAAUCGACCAACAAGAGGGAAAGGGAGGUCUAUUCAUGUAUGCUCCGUAAUCUCUUCGAAGAGUAUCGCUUCUUCCCCACCUACCCAGACAAAGAACUUUUCACCACUGCCAGGCUGUUUGGUGGCAUCAUUGAACAGGGUCUAGUCGAAUAUAUGGCCUUAGGUGUAGCACUCAGGUAUGUCAUGGAAGCUCUCCAGAAACCACAUGGAAGCAAGAUGUACUACUUUGGCAUCGUGGCACUGGACAGGUUUCGCAGUCGUUUGAAGGAAUACCCUCGCUAUUGUCAGCACCUUAUGGCUAUACAGCAUUUCAAUGAGUUUCCACCACACCUUAUAGAGUACAUUAAGUAUGGAACACAGUCGCAAGAACCCCCCUCACGUCCUUCUGGUGUUGUGCUCCCCCCUUCCAUGAAUGUGUCUCCAAGCACCCCAGCACCAGGCACCUCAGCAGUAGCUGUCACUGGCACUGUUGUCCAGCCACCCACUGCUGCAGUGUCGGCUGUGGUGUCAUCUGUUGCCAAGACCCUCACUGCCACCACCACUACGACAACUACCACCGCCAUCACCAGACCUCAGUCAAUGUCUGUUCCGUCUGCGCCAGUGGGAUCUGGGAAGCAACCAACAAUCACAACAACCAACAUUGAAACACUGUUAGUUGCCACAGAAAAAGAAGAAAAGAUUACUCCUCCACCUGAGCAUAUGCAAGAUAAAAUUGCCUUUAUUUUCAACAAUCUUUCUCAAGUAAACCUUCCUCAAAAGUGCGAAGAGCUGCGUGAAGUGGUCAGCGAGGAGUAUUGGAUUUGGGUCGCCCAGUACUUGGUGAUGAAGCGAGCCUCCAUUGAAAACAACUUCCACACGCUUUAUUCCUUGUUUCUUGAUCAGCUGAAGAUGAACAAUUUCAAUGCAAUGGUUUGCAGGGAAACUUUAAGGAAUAUUAAGGUUCUCUUAAGGGCUGAUAAGUCUGCGGCGAACUUUUCUGACAAGUCACUGUUGAAGAACCUCGGACAUUGGCUGGGCAUGUUGACUCUGGCCAAGAAUAAACCCAUCCUUUACUCGGACAUCGAUAUGAAGUCAUUACUCGUCGAGUCUUACAACAAAGGCUUACAGGAAAUGCAGUAUGUGAUUCCAUUUGUAGCCAAGGUGAUGGAGUCAUGUGCAAAAAGUCGUGUAUUUAAGCCUCCUAACCCUUGGACCAUCGCCAUAAUGAAUGUGCUAGCAGAGCUCCACAAGGAACCCGACAUGAAGCUCCAUCUCAAGUUUGAAAUUGAAGUUCUGUGUAAUAGAUUGGAAAUCAAUUUGGAGGAUCUGAAGCCAGCAAAUAUCCUGAACGACAGGGAGCGAAUUGCACGCCUGAAGCCCCAGCUGUCACAGCUGGUAGGAUCAAAAAGGGCUGAAUCGACUCCACUUUUCCCAGCUUUGCAAGGAUUCUCAUCCUCUUCCAGUUUUAUGCACCCGAUGAAUACUGGCAGCCGAUGGGUAGCCAAUCCGAAUAUAAACCACGCACCGGGACACGAAGUCAUCAAUCAAGCAAAGACAAGUUGGUCACAAAUGGGUCCAACAGGGCAGGUGGAGAUGCCCAGCAGCACAGUCACCGUACAGAGCUCAUCUGUGGGUGCCACACCAACCCCUCCAUCAGUGUUGCCACCUCAUCCCUCCUCUACCCCAACACCUAUCCAGCCUCAACAACCUUCGGUCAACGAGCCACGGUUUAUCUACUCGGAUAUCACUGUCACUUCCCUUCGGGGUCUUGAGCCUCACAUAUCUGUCUCAGUACCUCAGGUUGGUGGCAUUGCAAGCAAUGCUCAAUUGAAACAGCUUGUGCGACAUGCUGUAGAAAUGGCAGUCCAGGAGAUAGUGACAGCAGUAUUGGAGCGCAGCAUCAAGAUUGCUAUCACCACAGCAGAACACAUAAUCAAGAAAGACUUCGCUCUGGACCCAGAUGAGUCUCGGAUGCGAGUUGCAACUCACCACAUGGUUCGCAACUUGACAGCAGCAAUGGCAAUGAUAACUUGCAGAGAUUAUCUGGCUACAAAUAUUGCCAAGAGCAUCAAGCAGGGAUUGAUGCAGGCUUUUUCACGAACAAAUCAACAGCAGCUGCCACAACAGCUAGAGCAGAUGGAGCAGCUGGCUGCAGCCAUUGCUCAGGAGAAUGUUGGUAUAGCUUGUGCCUUUAUUCAGAAAACUGCUGCAGAGAAGGCUGUGAUUGAGAUGGAUAAGAGGCUGGCCCAGGAAUAUGAAGUGAGGAAAGCAGCAAGGACAGAGGGCCGCCGCUAUUGUGAUGCAGUGGUUUUGACAUACCAGGCGGAGCGGAUGCCAGAACCCAUUCGCCUGAAGGUGGGUGGUGUCACCCAACCUCAGAUGGCUGUGUAUGAAGAAUUUGCCCGCAACAUCCCUGGCUUCCUGCCCAUCACUGAUCAGGACACAAUGUUCUUAACCAAGCCUGUUCCUAUUAGCUCGCAACAACAGCAGCAGCAACCCCCUCACUCGCAACAGCAGGCCUUUGGAAGUGAUGAGACAACAGCAUUCCUGCUUCUGACGGAGCGCAUCAGUGCUGAGCUGGAACACACCAUCCAGGCCUUCACUACACUGGCCCCCUCGUCCCCCCUGAUCCCAAUGCUGCACUCGCUCAGGGAAGGACUUCUGCUCACCCGUACCAACAGAGAUGCGCACACUGUUCAGCUGCUGCUCAGGAAGGCUGUGGAAAACCUCCUGGAAGGCGCACGAGAACUGCCAACUGAACCAGAACUGAACCAGCUUGCCCUUCGGUUCCGUGACUGCCACCUUAUCGUCUUGAAGGCUAUGGCUGAUCAUCGUUCCUAUGGAACCAACUGGACAUCGAAGAAUGUUACCAAGGAAUAUUCUACCUUGUAUUCUUGUAUGCUGGCUGAUCGAAUCCGCGAAGAAGAAUUGAAGUACAACUUAGAUGUUGUCGACUGGCUGAUCCGUUCCAAUUUGCUGAACAUGCAGUUACUGGACGAAAUUUACCUCGUUGACGACCCCAGCAACAGCUUCCUGAGUGAAUCCGACUUGCAGCUAACACUGGAGGCCUUAGUGCGCAUGUGCCACUCUCGACAGGCCCCAGAAGGCCUUGUACCCCUCAUUGAUGCACUGCGGCUGAAGCAUGACUUGCUGGCAAGUGAGCGGCUUGCAGGGGGCAGCAGCCUCAGUGGCACAAACAGUGCUCUGGCUGCUGGGCCAAGUCUCCACUUCCAUUCGGGUGUGACGCAGGCCAGGGACUUCAGUGAUCCCCCGGCCUUGCAGGAGAAGACAGAGGUGUUGCUGCGGGAAUGGAUCCAGAUGUACCAUUCCCCAACAGCCGGCCAGGGGUCGGCCUCUGCCUUCCAGCACUUCGUGAAGCAAAUGAAUCUUCACGGAAUCCUCAAAACAGAUGAUCUCAUAACCAGGUUCUUUAGGAUCUGCAUAAGCAUGUGUCGUGACCUUUGUGUUCGAUCAAUUCUUGAGCAAGGCCAAGGACCAUCUCCUACCUAUGUUCGCAGCAAAUGCUUCCAGAAUCUGGAUGCCUUUGUACGUCUUAUUGCCUUAUUAGUCAAACACUCGGGGGAGGCAACAAACCCAACCACAAAGAUCAAUCUUCUGAAUAAGGUCUUAGGACUCGUGUGUGGCAUCAUGAUCCACGACAUUGAGUCAAAUGGUACUGAGUUCCAGCAGCUUCCAUAUCACCGCAUCCUCAUCAUGCUUUUCCUUGAGCUCAACGCCCCUGAAGCGAUCCUAGAGUCCAUCAACCUUCCGGUUCUGAUGGCCUUCACCCAAACACUGCAUCUGCUUCGCCCGAGCAAGUGUCCAGGGUUUGCCUAUGCCUGGCUGGAGAUUGUGAGUCACCGUGUCUUCAUUGGCCGCAUGCUAGCCAUCACCCCUCAGCAGAAGGGAUGGUCCAUGUACUCCAUGCUGUUGGCUGAUCUCUUCAAAUUCUUGGCACCUUUCCUGCGGAAUGCGGAGCUCGCCAAGCCUCUGACAAUGCUCUAUAAGGGUACACUACGUGUGCUGCUAGUCUUGCUCCAUGAUUUCCCGGAGUUCUUAUGUGAAUACCACUAUGGUUUCUGUGAUGUCAUCCCUCCAAACUGCAUCCAAAUGCGCAAUCUCAUCCUCUCGGCUUUCCCUCGGAACAUGAGGCUCCCUGACCCCUUCACCCCCAAUCUGAAAGUGGACAUGCUGCCCGAGAUCACGGUCUCUCCCAAGAUCCCCACCAAUGUAGCCAGCCUCAUCCAGCCCCCAGAGCUAAAGAAGAACUUGGACUCCUACUUGAAGAACAGGACGCCCGUCACCUUCCUCUCAGACAUGCGGACUUUCUUGCAGGUCAACAAUGAACCAGGGAUGCGCUACAACAUGUCUGUGAUGAACGCUUUGGUGCUGUACGUUGGCAUGCAGGCUAUUGCUCAGAUCCACAGCAAAGGCCUAACUCCAUCCAUGUCUACCAUUGCUCAUUCCGCCCACAUGGACAUAUUCCAGAAUCUUGGUGUUGAUUUAGACACAGAAGGUCGCUACUUGUUCCUGAAUGCCAUUGCCAACCAGCUGCGGUAUCCCAACAGCCACACCCACUACUUCAGUUGCACACUUCUUCAUCUUUUUGCUGAAGCUAACACUGAAGCCAUCCAAGAACAGAUCACAAGGGUGCUGUUAGAGCGACUGAUCGUCAAUCGUCCACACCCAUGGGGGCUUCUCAUCACCUUCAUCGAACUCAUCAAGAACCCAUCCUUCAAGUUCUGGAGCCACGAGUUCGUGAAGUGCGCUCCAGAGAUUGAGAAGCUAUUUGAGUCGGUGGCGCGCUCGUGCAUGGUGCAGAAAGUCGCACCAAGAGGGGAUUCGGAGGCCUGAGUACAGCCGUAGCACAGCCAGGCAACACGGCCGGGCUCUAGCCGACGCCGUUCUUGGAGGCGACUGUCCAGGGAGUGAAGAGAGCACACACAUUGGAGGCUUUGGAAUACCUGUGGCAGAACUUUGCUCAUGUCAACCUUCAUGCACCAAAUGCAGAUGGAGAAAUAUGUGAUGGAGGAAAAAAUGGACUUGGUAUAAAAUGAUAUAUAUAUAUAUAUAAGAAGAUGCAAGCAACUAGGAUUGUCUUGUUUGAUGAGGUGCCCAACAAAGAACAAACAAUGAAUAUUAAAAGGAAGAAGAGAAGAAAAAUAUAUAUAUGGUGCAGUAUUAGCAAUGUUUUGCUGAAUGAUAUGAAUGAUAUAUAUAUGUAAAGAUGUAUGUAGCUGAGAGAUUUGAAUAUGUGAUAAAACUACUUUACCUGAAUCCAUGUCUUGGAAAAAAAAAUAAAUGCCCAAUAGAUUAGAGGUAAACAGAGCCAUUGGUGUGCUAUGGCAGACCAGUCAACUAAAGUGUUCUGUAUGUUUAAACUUCAAAAAAUGAGAAGCAGUGUCUUUAUGGUGACUAUAAGAGUACAGUUCCAGUUUUUUGUCAGAACAGAUGGCUGACCCUCCCUCCGUUAUUUUAAUCCAAGGUAGGGAUCCUGUCUUGCAUUGGGUUAAGAUUACGAAUAUCCUUUGUAGAAUGUCUUAGAUUAUUAUUAUUAUUAUUAUCAUUAUGCAGCUUUGAGUUGUUUCAAGAUAUUUUCCUUGACAUCUGUUGUGUUUAUGAUAUACAUAGUUGUUGUAAAGCAGCAGCAAAGUAUACUGUCAAGGUAUGUGAUUAUCUUAAGUCACUGAUAUAAAUAUAUUAUUGUUUCAUAAUUUGAGUUUUCCUGGUGAAUGUUAUCAUGUAAAACUGAAAGACCAAGAACUGUACAAUGUACUAUAUUAAGGACCUUCAAAAGUGAAGUAAAAGUGCAUUAAGUUAGAACAGGUUGUAUAAUUACAGAUGGUAUUCUGUAUAGACAGAGAAAUAUAUUUCCCAGACAAAGCAGCCAUAAGCCGUGUGUCAAAGUGCAUAAAAAUGACAAGGUGAAUUCCAGUGAGAGUGUGAUAUGUACCUAUACUCUUGUGAUCUUAACUUCCAGGGAACCAUGUGAUGAGCUAUACCUAAGAUGUUUACAUAAUUAGAUGAUGUACAUUUCUAGAUAACAUGGCCUUUGCUAAGCAGCCUCUGCAGUAGGAGAGUGAGAAUCAAAGUGUUGGGCAUCCGAGUAAAUGUAAAAGUGUUACUUCCUAGAUCUACCCGGGUCAUUCACAGUAGAGAUAUUUAUUUAGUUAUACUAUGAAGCACAAUAACGUGCAAUUAACAAGUUCAGUUGAUGCAGAUGGAAAGUCCUUUAUAACUCUUGGAUGGUCAGCAAAGGCAGUUUUAUCAUCUGAAUCCAGUGUGAUAGUGCUUCAUAUUAUGCAAAGAUGACUAUGGACGCAAAGCAUGUACAAAAUCCCUUCAAAUCCUUCCUUUAUAUAAUUUCGCAGACUUGAAAUUCCUUCUACUACAAGGUACUGUCUGGUAGUCACUGUAAGAGUUCAUAGUUAGUAAGAUGUCCCCAUACCCUUGAGGCUUUCUGUCCUGCUGUAAAGUCUCUUCUUACAAGGUAAUACAAUCACUACCGCCACAACACACACUAGACUCGGGGCACUAAGUCAGUCAUGCCCCUUGCCCCUCAUCUCCCACCCUCCUCACUCAUUACAAGUUUUAACCACCAAAAGAAAGAAAAGUUUUAUUGUUAAGUAACCGUAUCCUAAUUCAUCCCAUCGACUUAUGGGAAGUUUAGGCACAAAUCAGAAGUGAAUUAUGUUAAGAAUUAUUACAUUUCCUUUCCUUCUCCUGUUUCCAAGGCCUAGCUUUUUUUAUUUUUAACUUUCAGGGCUUUACGAAUCACAUUUUUUGUUACCACAUAGCUAUGUAAUUAUGAUUAUUUUUUUAAUUGGUAGCCAGAUGAUCAAUUAACCUUGAUUGGAAAUUUUUGAGUCUCCAUUAAGUAUCAGUAUGUUAAACCUGGGAAUUAACACCUUCUGUUACCUCGCUUCAAGGAAACAUCACAACUCUCUGAUGGCAUAAGGAAUACAAAUUAGCAUUACUGUUACAUCACAAUUAUUUUGUAUGAAAUUGUAUAAUAAGUAAACGAGUUGUUGAGGGUUUUGAAGAGAGAAACUUUCUGUAAAUGGACCCAUGGUGUGAGGUACUUUGUUGUGGCUGUACAGUUCAGGUUUAUUUUUGUUGAUGAGGAUUUUCUCUAAAGAUAUGCAGUUUAACAGUUUGUGUCAUAUUCUUUAGUCCACUUUAGGUUAAGGAUGUGAAUAAAGGUCUCUUGUAGCAAAGCAAAA